AUGUUUUUAUCAUAUCUAUCUAUCUAUCUAUCUAUCUAUCUAUCUAUCUAUCUAUCUAUCUAUUCCGAACAUUUAAUCCAACCAAAUUUGUAUAAAAUUUGUUCGCAUUUAUGUUUCUAUGCUCCUCCUAAUCUACCAUCUACUAAACCUUCUACUCCUAUUCUUCCCCUCCUACUUUCCAUCCUACUCAUCCUUCUACUCCUAUUCUUCCCCAUCCUAUUUUCUAUCCUACUCAGCCUUCUACUCCUAUUCUUCCCCCUUCUACUUUCCAUCCUACUCACCCUUCUACUCCUAUUCUUCCCCAUCCUAUUUUAUAUCCAACUCACCCUUCUACUUCUAUUCUUCCCCCUCCUACUUUCCAUCCUACUCAUCCUUCUCCCUAUUCUUCCCCAUCCUAUUUUCUAUCCUACUCACCCUUCUACUCCUAUUUUCCCCUCCCUACUUUCCAUCCCACUCACACUUCUACCCUAUUCUUCCCCAUCCUAUUUUAUAUCCAACUCACCCUUCUACUCCUAUUCUUCCCCCUCCUACUUUCCAUCCUACUCAUCCUUCUACUCAUAUUCUUCCCCAUCCUAUUUUCUAUCCUACUCACCCUUCUACUCCUAUUCUUCCCCCUUCUACUUUCCAACCUACUCACCCUUCUACUCCUAUUCUUCCCCAUCCUAUUUUAUAUCCAACUCACCCUUCUACUCCUAUUCUUCCCCCUCCUACUUUCCAUCCUACUCACCCUUCUACUCCUAUUCUUCCCCAUCCUAUUUUCUAUCCUACUCACCCUUCUACUCCUAUUUUCCCCCUCCUACUUUCCAUCCUACUCACCCUUCUACUCCUAUUCUUCCCCAUCCUAUUUUAUAUCCAACUCACCCUUCUACUCCUAUUCUUCCCCCUUCUACUUUCCAUCCUACUCACCCUUCUACACCUAUUCUUCCCCAUCCUAUUUUCUAUCCUACUAACCCUUCUACUCCUAUUCUCCAUCCUCCUACUUUCCACCCUACUCAACCUUCUACUCCUAUUCUUCCCCAUCCUAUUUUCUAUCCUACUCAGCCUUCUACUCCUAUUCUUCCCCCUCCUACAUUCCAUCCUACUCACCCUUCUACUCCUAUUCUCCUACUUUCCGACCUACUCACCCUUCUAUUCCUAUUCUUCCCCCUCCUACUUUCCAUCCUACUCAACCUUCUACUCUUAUUCUUCUCCCUCCUACUUUCCAUCCUACUCACCCUUCUAUUCCUAUUUUUCCGCUCCUAUUUUCCAUCCUACUCACCCUCUACUGCUCUUCUUCCCCCUCCUAAUUUCAUUCUUACUCACCCUUCUACUCCUAUUCUUCCCCCUCUUACUCUACCACCUACUCACCCUUCUACUCCUAUUCUUCCCUCUCCUCGUAUUCCUUAG